AUGAUAAAUCUUCAUAAUAAUUCCGAGGUGAAUUUUACAGAUAUAGAAAACAAUACUUAUCAUGUGGAUAUCACGAAAGCUGUGGUUGUUGGUGCCAUUUUAAGCUUUGUGAUUUGUGUUAUAAUUGGGGGCAAUGUUUUAGUCCUCAUAGCGGUCUACGCUAAUUCUCACCUGAGGAGUACAACAAAUUAUUUUAUUGUUAACCUAGCAUGUGCCGAUCUGUUGUUGGGUAUAACAGUUUUGCCUUUUUCAGCAACUCAUGAAAUUAUCGGUUACUGGCCAUUCGGUGAAGUAUUCUGUGAAAUUUGGGCAGCCAUCGAUGUGCUGUGGUGCACUGGUUCUAUCAUAACACUGACGGCUAUCAGUGUUGACCGAUACAUUGGAGUGACUAGACCGCUUCAGCAUUCGACAAUUAUGUCAGAGAAAAAAGCGUGUUACGUCAUCAUUUUCGUAUGGAUAGUUUCUGCCGCCAUUUCUGUGGUUCCCUUUAUCGGUUGGAAGGAACCACAAUCCCCUGAUCCAACGCAGUGUACCGUGAAUGGGGAAUUGGGUUACGUUAUUGUCUCAGCGUCAGUUUCCUUUUAUGUCCCUAUUUCAGUUAUUAUAUUUGUCUAUAUUAGAAUCUACAAGGAGGCAGUGAAACAUUCAGCGUGUUUACAAACAGGAAUCAAACUCUCUAAACUGGAAUCGGAGGGAGUGACGUUACGAGUGCACACCGGAAGAGCCAAUAGCCAAAAUGGCAUCCCAUGUACAUAUCAAAGCAGUAGCUCUUCGGAACAUUCCGACAACUCUUCCAGGAGAGUGGUUGCCAAAUUUACUAUUGCUGGAAAGCUUGCUAAGUUCAAACGAGAGAAAAAGGCGGCUCAGACGCUUGGUAUAGUGGUGGGUGUCUUCCUUCUUUGCUGGUUCCCGUUCUUCUUCUGCUUACCCCUGAGUGCCUUGUGCGGUGACUUUUGCCACAUCCCUACGUUGUUUUUCAAGAUUAUAUUCUGGCUUGGAUAUUGUAAUUCUAUGAUCAACCCAAUUAUCUACUCAUGUUCAAGCCGUGAAUUUCAACGAGCUUUUCGGCGCAUCUUGCGAUGCAAAGUUCAUAGAAAUCCAAGGUUAUUUUACAAAUCUAAGUCAAGAAGUACAUCGAUAUCUGACCUAAAUUCUUCCAAUCAACUUUCAGUCAAAAAAUCGCCUAAUAUUCUUUAUAGGUCGGAAUUUACCCGACGUUCAAUGAGACCAAUGUGUAAUCAGCACGUAGCGAUGGAUAAAGGACGUCUUAAAGAUUCACAGUGUUAUUCAAAGGAUUUGUAUUCAGCGGAACCUGGAAAUGGCAAAUUAUCACCCAGUAUGAAACACCUAAGAUUCUGUGAAAGCUGUGAUAGUGAGAACCUUUCUUUAAGUGAUGACCAGAUGGAGGCUUUGAAGGAGGAAUGCCUUCAGCAUUUACGGUGACAGUGUAUUUACGUAAUACGAUGCCAACAACAGAAAAUUGCAAUGUCGGCGAAAAGAGAAAUUGUUCAAUAAAUAUAUAUUCAGAAAAAAAAGUUUCGUGAGUUUCAUGAGGAAGCUCGAGGAUGACACUUCGCUAUAUUUUGCAUAAGUUUGAUUGGUCUUUAACUUUUGCUGACGGAACGGUUAUACAUGUCCAAAAUGGAGGUCGUUGAUGGCUUCUUGUGUGAUGUCAGAAAAUGUAGCCGGUGGUUGUGUGUGCUUUUAUCUAUUCGAUAGUAUUUAAAUGAAACCUCAUAGUACA